CAUCGCGGCAACACCAAGGCACACAUUAUCUCGUUUUCUUGUUCAAUUUGAGUUAUUUUGCUCGAAUUGCUGUUUCUUCCACGCGUCUCAUGCAUCUUCGUCAUCAAAUUGCCUAAUGCUGAAGACAACCGACCCUGGAGGGGGUCUGGGACAAUCCCAGGACGCAAUCUACAAUGCAGCCGUCGCGUGUAGAGACUUGUUCGACUCAACGAUCAAUCAGAUCAUGUCUGGUAAACGGCCUUUGAAAGAACUCCAGCAGCGAUUUUGGCUAUGGUCAAACAAUUCCGGCGUGUUUGCAGAACCCUUUAUCUCGCUUGAUGCUCGCCUACAGGAACAUGAAGAGCCUCGGGCCAUGAUUCUGAGAUUGCUUGGGUUGAUUCAAAAGAAUCUGGAAGCCAUGGCACGGCUUGAUGAAGAAUUUCGUCGAGAUGAUAACAACCGAGAACCUGAAGAACAGCAUGAACAAUCUCAGGCCUGGUCGGUAGUUGAUGGCGAAUCAAUGACCGAGAAUAAACAUUUACAGGGAUCAUUCUUCGGAAUAUCUGGUGCUCUCGAAAGGUUAACUCGGCUAUCUGUGUUGAUAUCUAAAGCGUCGCAAAACAACAGAUCAGCCCGAGUCGAGGCGUUCAGGGAGAAAAGAAAGAUGGACUUCGCUGGUUUUGAAGAGCUCACGAACUUGAUCAUCAAGAACAAAUACCCGAUGAUAUCCGACUCCCUCAAGUUACAACUGACGAGAUCGAUUGUCUACCGCAGACAGAGCAUCGUGUACCACCAGCACCGGGAGGCAAAGUAUCAGAGGGAGCGGAAAAGGAACGAAACAGCAACCAAGAACAACACACCCGGAGAGUCGAUGCUGGGGACAAGAACAAUGCAGCCCGCGCAGGCUGCCGCACAGAAUCAUCAGGAAAAGAGCAGUUUCACUGGUUUUACUCCUUUGGAUGGUUCUGAAUUCAACCGGCAACACGUUGCUCUUGGACAAUCCAAGACGGAAAGCACAGCUUCUGUGGGUGCUGCAGAUGUCUGUUACCCACGUCCGCCUCGUCCCAAGGACGAAGCGGUCGGGUACAUUGACUGUCGUUACUGUUCCAAGAAAGUCGAACGAAGGAUCUUCGGCAGCCCCGUUCUGUGGAGGAAGCAUGUUGACGACGAUCUGAAGCCGUUCUUUUGCGUGUCCGAGCAAUGCACCGAUCCAGCUGUCGGAUUCUCAAAGUACUCUUCGUGGCGCAAACACAUGGAAGAGGAACAUGGAACCAACUGGAUACAAUACAACCAUGACUUGCCUCCUCUCGAGAGCAAGUCCAGCCAAGCCCCGGACGAUGAGAGCGCCAUCUGCCCACUUUGCCAAACACCAGGGGACAGACUGGAAGAUGGAAAAACCAGGACCAAGAUCAAGCACGAACCCCCACAAAGCAUCGCACUUGCUUCCGCACCAAAAGGUUCUAGUCCUCGAAAAAACAAUGAUCGCCAAGUCCAUUUCGGAGACGAGCCAUCGCCCGGUGGCUACGAAGAACGGGUUUCCCUCAUCGAAGAACCUGCAUACAGUUCGGGUGGUCUCGGUGUUGCGCAGAAAAUGUUGUCCAGGCACAUAGCGGCACACCUACAGACUCUAUGUUUCCAGACUCUCGAAGCUGGCCUAGCCGACGGAGACAUCUGUGAAAAUUCCGAGCAUGGAAGCGAAAGUCUGAGAACAGCUACUGAAUCUUUUGGCGGUCUUGAUCGAGACUCCUCCGACCUGAGCGAUGUCUCACUUCCCUUCGACGAGGACUCUGGCCAUCUCACUCCCGUAACAGACACCCCUAAUGCAUUUGAUCGACUUCGUAUCGAAAGUCUGAAGUCAGAUAGCGAAGGUCCGUUUGUUGGCGAUUGGCUUCGGAACUUGGAUGAAGUCUCAAUCUCUGCUGCUGAGAAUUCUCAUCGUCUCCAUUCCGGACAGGAUGACCAUGUUUCCUUUCAUGGACCGUCAGCUGGAGAUCUGCGCCAACAUUCUCCAGAAACCCAGUCUCUAGAUCUUGAAGAUCCUGCAAUUGCUACGGAUGAGACUCCCAGGCCGGAGCUAGUUUCUGUGCUGUCCGGUUUUGGGAGUGAGAAGGGCGAAGACCUACGGGAUUUGGUUUACGAUCGGCUUGUAUCAGGGAGCGAUGGCCGGCAGUUCCUUCCUUUGGACGAUCUUGAGAACCUCAUUUCUCUGCCAAACGUGCGACAAAUAUUGAAAAGUCUCAACACCUACAGCGACCUUGAGGUGGAAAAGUACGUCAACGAUGUAUGCAACACAACGCCUUUUGGUAACAGUCAAAAAACCUCGAGGAAGAAAAUUUUCGCCAUCUUGGUUAUGAUUGACCACGUUGGAGCACUUCCCAGCUUCAUUUCAGAGAACAUGUUCGACGUUCACCUUCCCUUUGAACACAGACGCAAAGAGGGGAAGCGCCCGGAAUUGGUUUUCAAGCCUGCUUUAAAUGGGGUCAGUGUCCGCUUCGAAGGGAGUAGCAGUUGGAAAACUAGCAAGAUGUGGGAAUUCAACGAUAAGCAAUGGCAGGUUAUGUCUCCGUUCUUCGACAUGCAAUCGAACAAGCCCCGUUUGUAUUCUUUCGAUGACCGAACUGUCCUUCCCAUUGUCCAAAAAGAUUGGAGAUUUACAUACGGCGGUUUCUCAGACAGUGUCAGGAUAAAGAUUCAUCCUGCGCAUCACAACUACCCGCAGUCUACAAUUUCUCAUUUCAUUCUCGAACACUUGUAUAGCAGGAGUAGUCGAGAGCUGCGAGUCCUACAAGAGUUAGGUCGUCAGGACCAGAAGCACUUGCUAAGACUCCUUGCAGCCUACGAUAUGGCUCCUAAAUCAUAUCAUUUAGUGUAUCCCUGUUCCGACGGCAAUCUGCACGACUUUUGGGAACAGUUUCCAGAGCCAAAACCCGACCAUUCUCUCAUUAGUUGGUUAGCUGAACAGGCUGCUGGGGUCGCAUCGAGUCUUGACUUUGUUCUCAAUCAGCCUACCAUCUUGGACGUAUUGGGACAGAGUUCAAAUCAUGGCAGGGGUGUCCAAGUGGACCCAGAUAAUGUACUCUGGUUUCGAGACAAAAACACGGACGAGAACAUUGCUCAAGGCGGAAUACUCCAGAUCAAAGACUUCGAUGCGGAAUUUGGUGUAACCCGGGGAACUUACAGAAGCCCGGAGUUCGACGUAGCAGGGGAGGAAAUCUCUCAAGCUUUCGAGAUUUGGCACCUAGGAUGCCUCCUACUGCUGUUCAUUUUAUGGUAUCUCGAGGGUCAUCAAGCGCUUGACGAAUUCAGUCAUGCUCAGAUUGGUGAUGAAAGAGUAGAUGAACCCCUACCAGCGAGCAUAUUUUUCACAGUCUCAGUAGAAAACGGCACAAAGGUGGCUGAUCUCAAACCAUCUGUCAGAAAUUGGAUCCAGCGGCUACAUCGACAUCCUGAAUGCUCUCUAUUCCUCCACAAUAUGGUCGACUACAUAUCAAACCGGUUGAUUUGUAUAGAACCCAAGGAAAGAGACAAACCUUCCGAGGUUGUCAAAGAACUCACAGAAAUGGCGGAACGUUGCAAAGCGGAUAGGGUAUAUGCCUGCCAAGGUUGUCCUAGACAACAGAGCAAACCCGAAACCGUCCUGACAGAUAUCGGGGCCGGCCAGCCAAAAGAUGAUCGACUUUCAUCUCAUGCACUGUCACAGAAUUCUGCUACAGGGGAAGAAUAUUCAAUGGACUUGGAUGGAGCCUUUGAUGUGAUGACCGACGUCCUGGAACUUGGUGGAAAGGGAGAAGAGCCUUUGACUACAGAAACUCUGUCUCAUUCAAAGGGCCAAGGCGCCAAGAAAAGGGGGCUUGAUAGCUUGCCUUCUGCUGCAGCAUCAGAUACGGAAAUGUCGAGCAGUGGCUUUGUGUCUCCACCUUCAUUGCCGGCAGAUGCGAAAAGAAGGAAAACACAACCAGAGGAAGGUUUGUAG